CUGAGAUAACCACACUUGGGAUGCCCUUAGAUGCUAAAGUAGAAUCCGUCGUGCAACACUCUCAGAGGCACCCGCUCCUCUCAAUGCACGCCGGCGGCGCGGCCUCUGCCGCCACCCGCGGCCGAGAUCCCACCGCCGACCCCUCCUCCCUCUACUUCGUCGACACCGCCCACCCGUACGCCGCGGCUGCCGCUUUUGCGCUCACCUCCCACCGCGCCAAGUCCAAGUGGUCACAUCUCUCCUCCCUCCCCCUCCCCUCCCCCCUCCCUGCCGCUGCCGCCGGCGUGCUCCUCCUCCUCCGCCGCCGCCCGCACACCGCGCUCCGCUUCCACGCCUUCGCCCUCCGUCGCCUCCUACCCUCCCGCUCCCCUCCCCCUCUCGUCCUCUCCGCCUCCGCCGCUCACGUCGCCUCCGCCUCCCGCCUCCGCCGCGCCGCCCUCUCCGUUCUCGCCUCCGCCUCCCGCCACUACUCCCCGGCCCAAAUCUUCAACGCCCUCGCCGCUACCUACCGUCGCUUCGCCUCCGCUCCCUUCGUAUUCGACCUCCUUCUCCUCGCCUACCUCCGCUCCCACCGCGACGCCCUCGCCGCGGCUUCCGUCGCCCGCCGCAUCCUCGCCGCCGGCGCCCGGCCCCUCCCCUCCACCACCGCCGCCCUCCUCCGCUCCCUCCCGUCCGCCGCGGCGGCCCUCGACAUGUACCAUCAAAUCUACACGCAUCCAAAUCCGAGAACCAACCGCCUGCUCCUGCCGACUGUCCACACCUUCAACUCCCUCCUCCUCGCCUUGUACCGCGAAGGCAAGUGCGAUGAAUUCAAGACUGUGCUCCAGGAAAUGGGCAAGUAUUCCUGCAAGCACAAUGUGUGCACAUACAACAUUAGGAUGGCGGGGUACUGCGACCGUGGAGAGGUGGACAAGGCGCGAGGACUGUGGGAUGAGAUGGUUCAGGAAGGGAUCCAGCCGGAUCUCACUGCGCACAACACGAUGAUUGGUUGGUACUGCCGUGAUGGAGAGGUGGGUAUGGCAGAGGAGAUGUUUAAAGAUAUUGAGAUGGGUGAGAUUGAUCCGAGUGCCACAACAUUCGAGUGGUUGGUCAGAGGACAUUGUAUGGCAGGGGAAGUGGAUGCAGCAAUGCUUGUGCAUGCGGACAUGAGGAGGCGGGGCUUUGGGAUGGCAGCAGAGGUUGUCGAGGAGGUUUUGGAUGGAUUAUGUCAAAAGAGGAGGGUUGAGGAGGGGUUAGGAGUUCUGCGGGAGGAGAUGAAGAGGGAAGAGUUUGCGCCAACUCGGGGGAGCUAUGAGCUGUUGAUAAGGGGGUUUUGUGAGGAAGGUGAGGUGGAGCUGGCGAUAAGACUCCAGGCAGAGAUGGCUGGGAAGGGAUUCAAGGCUGGAAGCGAGGUCUACCUUGCGUUUAUUCGUGCCUAUGGGAAGUCUGGGGAUUAUGAGAUGGUGGAUAGGUUGACGAAGGAAAUGGCGGCGAUGGGCAUUGAGGAUUUAUGAUAUUUGGCCUGGAUUAUGCAGUGACGCAUCAGCUUAUUGCUGUUAAUAACUCUGAUAUCACAACAAAAGGGUGGGACUAGCAGCGUCUAUUCCAGGUACAUCCUUCUUUUGGCAAACAACCUGGUGAGGGUUCUUGUGGUGUCGACAAAGAAGAAGCAAAGUAGCAGGUAAUGGCGCCGAACACGCUUCAUUUGCAGGUGGCCCAUGAUGUAAUCACUGAAUCUGCCCCCGUCUCCGCACCCGACAAGGAGCCGGAGCCACUCGUGGCGACAGCACCGUGGCUGACGACGUCCUGCCGGCAGAGCUGUUCGAAUUGCUGCUGCUACUCCUUGUUAAUGUGCUCUAUUGCCUCCUAGUGUGUGCUCCUCAUGGCAGUCCUUCACCUACGACCCCACUCUUCAUAUCCGCCUACACUGCCUGCUAACUUGGCCCACUCGUGGACACUCCUGGGGGCUCAGCCCCUACAUUAAUCUUGCUUGUGGGCCUCUCUGGUGAUGCCAUCAAACGGAUUCACAGCUUGUAGGCUUCAAUUCUUUGAAGAUAGCAUGUUGUGCACGCUUCAACUGUGUCUUUGUUGACGGAGUAAACAACAAUGUUAGCACACUUGACCCAGCCACUGGGUCUGUAUGCUCCAUCCCCGUUGGCACAACACAUGACCUUGUAUGUCACAGUCGUUUGGGGUAUGUAGUCUGGUUUGCGUUUAGGCAGGUAGCUUCCAUGUGUUUAUUAUAAACUGGACGGAUGUGAUGUGAUGUCUUAGCACUUUUCAAGAACAUUGGACAGUGGAGGUGAUAAGGCCUCACCUUCUUAGGUUGUA